GCGCGAAAGGGAAAAAGGAGUCAAGAAAGCAACAGGAACAAAGUUGUAGGACCUGCACGGCCGUGUUCACCCGUGAAACGCCGUAACCACUCUUCAGCUCUCGGGACGCAGCAAGCUGUAAACUUUAAAGACAGCAAAGGGGGCUUUGAUCGGCGUUGCAAAGCUAAAAAAAAAAGAGGCGUCUCCCUUAAGCAGUUUUUUUUGAAGGGAGCCCAUCGUGGAGACUGGAUGCUCUCCAGGAAGGGUCUCCUUACUUUAUCUGAGCUUGUAACUUAAGCUUUGAUAAAGGAAUGGGGCUCCGCGCCUCGCAGAAAAUGCCUUAAACUGUUUGGACUUUUUUGUUUUUGUUUUUGCUCUCUCGGAAACCACUUUAUUUCCACCCGGCCUUGUUCGUGGACACGUUUUUGAAGUUGUUUUGAGGGAACGCGUUUCCUGACCGCCUGUUGACAGACGGUGGAGGGCCAGAGGAAGAGCUGUUCCACUGUUUCCAAAGAGGCCUUGAGGUGUACCACACAAUUCAAUCUGUGCUUGCAUUGGAUUAUUAAUCUACCAUGGCACUACAAGGGAACACUGCAGAGGGAGGAGUCAACGAAGAGUUUAACGAAAUCAUCAAGUGGAGAUCUGAUGAGCACGAUGCUGUACAGAAGAAAACAUUCACCAAAUGGAUGAACGCGCAGUUCUCCAAGACAGGGAAGGCCCCCAUCAAAGAUUUGUUUUCUGACCUGAGGGAUGGAAAGAAGCUGCUGGACCUGUUGGAGGGUCUCACUGAAACUGUCCUGACCAAAGAGCGAGGUUCCACCAGAGUGCACUCCCUCAACAACGUCAACAAAGUUCUGCAGGUCCUGCUUCAAAAUAAUGUCGAUCUGGUGAACAUCGGAGGGAGCGAUAUUGUGGAUGGAAACCACAAACUGACAUUAGGCCUCAUCUGGAGCAUUAUCCUUCACUGGCAGGUGAAAGACAUCAUGAAGGACGUCAUGUCUAACCUGCAGCAGACCAACAGCGAGAAGAUCCUGCUGAGUUGGGUGCGACAGUGCACACGCUCGUACCCCGAGGUCAACGUGCUGAAUUUCACCACAAGCUGGUCUGACGGACUGGCCCUGAACGCAAUCCUCCACCAUUUCAGGCCAGAUGGGUUCAGCUGGGAUCAGGUGGUCACAAUGAGCCCCGUGGAGAGACUCGACCACGCUUUCACCUUCGCCAAAAACCAGCUCGCUAUAGAGAAGCUCCUGGAUCCCGAAGAUGUGGCGGUGCAGUUACCAGAUAAGAAGUCCAUCAUCAUGUACGUUACCUCGCUGUUUGCCGUGCUGCCCAAAGAUGUGACCAUGGAGGCCAUCAGAGAGGUGGAGACGCUGCCUCGCAAAUACAAAGUGGAGGCUCAAGACUCGAGUCCAGGACUCAGCAAACAGACUGUGGAGGCCGGCAGCAGCCCACAGCCCGAGACCCCCAGGACCCCGACAGAGACGGAGGGCGAGACGGAUGCUAGCCUGCUGGAAGUGGACCUGGACAGCUACCAGUUGACUCUAGAGGAGGUUUUGACUUGGCUGCUGUCCGCUGAGGACGCACUGCACGCUCAGGAUGAGGUGUCGGACAAUGUGGAAGAAGUCAAAGACCAGUUCCACACGCACGAGGGAUUUAUGAUGGAGCUGACGGCUCACCAGAGCAGCGUUGGUAAUGUGCUGCAAGCAGGUAACCAGCUGAUUGUUCAGGGCAACCUAACAGAGGAGGAAGAAGAGGAAAUUCGAGAGCAGAUGACCCUCCUCAAUUCUCGCUGGGAGAGCCUCCGAGUGGCCAGCAUGGACCGCCAGGCCAGACUCCACGAAGUUCUGAUGGAGCUUCAGCAGCAACAGCUGCAGCAGCUCUCUGAUUGGCUGACGCUGACAGAGGAGCGAAUCAAAUGCAUGGAGACGGAGCCAGCAGCUAAGGACAUGGAUACUUACCAGGAAAUGAUUGAAAGACAUAAAGAACUUCAGAAGGACUUGGAAGCGGAGCAGGUAAAGGUCAAUUCCCUAACGCACAUGGUGGUCGUGGUGGACGAGAACAGCAGCGAGAGCGCCACUGCUGCCCUGGAGGAGCAAUUACAAACUUUGGGUGAGCGAUGGGCAGCUGUGUGCCGCUGGACAGAAGAACGGUGGCAUAAGCUGCAGGAAGUUUUUCUAGUUUGGCAACAGCUUUUGUCAGAUCAGAGUUUGAUUAGAGCAUGGCUGGCAGAAAAAGAAGAGGCUUUAAAUCAAGUGCAAACCUCCAACUUUAGAGACCCGAGUGAAAUGAAUGCUAACGUGCGCCAGCUGACCAUUCUAAAGGAGGACAUGGAGGAGAAGAGAAAGACCCUGGACAAGCUGUCUGAUGCGGGUCAGGAUGUGAUCCAGCUGCUUCAGAGCGCUGAAGCAGGAGCUACGAUUGAGGCCGACACAGAGGAGCUGACUCACCGAUGGGACAACCUGGUUCAGAAACUGGAGGACUGCUCCUUCCAGGUGAUGGAGGCUGUAACAGAGGCUGGAAUGACUCAGGUGGAGGACAAAGUGACUGUGGAUACGGCUGCAGCAGCCUCUCCUACCGUUGACCAGGAGUUGGCCCAACCUGCUCCUGCUAAAAAACGACUGGUGGAGACGGAUGCAGGAGUCAGGCGAAUGUUUGAAAAUAAACUCUCGGACUUAAGGAGCUGGAUUCAAACGUGGAAGACGUCCGCUCAGCUGCUGUGCACCACCCCUCCUGAAACGACAGCUGAUGCUCCAGACCUGCAGGAGAAACUAAAUGAGCUGGAGUUGCAACUAAAAUCAAAGGAUAGCACAGUUAGUGAAGUGACAAGAGAAGGACGCAACCUGAUGGACCAACUUGAGAGAGAGGGAGCAGGUGUGGACUCUGUCAGGGAAAACAUAGACCUGAUUCAGACCGAGUGGGACGUCUGUGCCAGGGAGCUACAGGCCGCCUGUGACCGGGUUCACACUCAGACCCGGAUCAGACGGGUUUCUGAAGAGCUCGUUGACCUUGACCAGAGCUUGGAGAAACAUGACCAGUGGUUGGCUGCAACUCCCCCUGUAAAAAGCGACAAUGAGGUUGAGCUGAGAAACCUGAGUGGAGAAUGUAAGUCCCGCCUUGCUCAGGUCACUGCCUUAGGUCCACGACUCGAGCAGCUGUCUUCGGAGGCAGGGACGCUGGGAAAUGUGCCUGCCUUAAAAGACAACAUGGUCGUGGUUUCUGCACAUCACUCCUCCACACUACAGCGGCUGCAGAACAGAGAACAAGAAGUGAAUCAAGCCUUGGCCAGUCUCGAAGCCACCCAGGUGGUUCAGGAUGCGGUGGAGGGUCUGGAGGCCAGGCUGGCUGCUUUAAAACACGGAGUUGUAGACGUGCAUACGGCAGAAGGGGCAGUGGAGCGGGCACAGAGCCUGUGUUUGGAGAUCGAACAAACACAACAAGCUACUGACCCGGCUGAACUACAAAAAUGGAGCCAGCUCUCAUCAAAGGCCCGCGAGGAGCACGGCAUGCUGCAGUGCAUUCUGGGCAGCAUGAAGGACAAUCAGGUGCGUUUGGAGCAAGUGGAGCGAUGGCUUGAUGGAGUUCAGGAGCUGUUGUCCAGGGACUCUGCAGGCGAUGCAGAAAAUCUACAGGCAGAACUCAAUCAGUGCAAGGAGUACGUGAAUGAGAUGGAGGCGAUGGAGCGUUCGUUUAUGCAGAUGGAAGAAAAUGUGAUGGCUGUGCAGGGAACGGCAGUCCCAGGACUGACCCAGUGGGGGCAGGAUAAGUUGGACCAGUGUCAAGAAAGAUGGGACAAACUCAGUAAACAGCUCUUGAGCCAUCAGGAGCACGUGACUGAGAACCAAGAGAAGCAGGUGGAUCUGAAGAAAGACCUGGCAGAGAUGCAGGAGUGGAUGGCCCAGGUGGACGAAGAGUUUCUGAUGAGAGACUUUGAGUAUAAAAGUCCCGAGGACUUGGAGGUGUCACUGGAGGAGAUGAAGCGGGCUAAAGAGGACGUGCUACAGAAAGAAGUGAAGGUGAAGAUCCUGAAGGACAACAUCAACUUGCUGGUAUCCAGAACAUCGCAGCCUGCAGGAGGUUCUGGGCAGGAGUUGACCUCCGAGUUAGACGGCGUGCUCGCCAACUACCACAAACUGUGCGACCGCCUCAAGAGCAAAUGUCACACUCUGGAGGAGGUCUGGUCUUGUUGGAUGGAGCUGCUUCAGUACCUGGACAUGGAGCAGGGCUGGCUCAACACUGUAGAGGAGAAACUGCAAGCCACUGAGAACGUACCAGAGAGCACCGAGAUGGUUAAUGAAGCUCUGGAGUCUUUGGAGGGCGUGCUCCGGCACCCCGGAGACAACCGCACGCAGAUCAGAGAGCUGGGCCAGACGCUGAUAGACGGCGGCAUACUUGAUGAACUCAUCAGCGAAAAACUUGAGGCCUUCAAUUCCCGCUACGACCAGCUCAGCCAUCAGGCGUUGAACCGGCAGAUCGGCCUCGAGCAGCAGCUGCAGACACUAAAGGAGAAUGAGCAGGCCCUUCAAGCGCUGCAGGAGUCCCUGAACCAGCUGGACCACACACUAACCUCCUACCUCACUGAUCGAGUCGACGCGUUCCAGCUCCCCCUGGAGGCACAGACCAUCGGCGCAGAGAUUGCCGCUCAUGAGGUCACAGUAGAGGAGAUGAAGAGAAGGAAUGUGACCAACUUACCUCCUCCCACCGCUGAGGGCAAAUCUGCCCGCGGUGGGACUAUUCUGGAGCAGCUGCAGAGGAAACUGAGGGAGAUCUCCACAAAGUACCAGCUGUUCCAGAAGCCUGCCAAUUUCGAGCAGCGCAUGUUGGACUGCAAACGGGUUCUGGACGGCGCUCAAGCCGACCUACAUGUUCUGGUUGUCAAAGAUGUGGAACCGGAAAUAAUCCAGUCCCACCACAGCGGUUGCAUGAAAUUGUAUAAGUUGCUGAGUGAGGUGAAGCUGGAGGUGGAGACGGUGAUAAAAACAGGCCGUCAGAUUGUGCAGAAACAGCAGACGGAGAACCCCAAAGCCAUGGAUGAACAGAUUACUGCUCUGAAGCUGCUCUACAAUGACCUGGGGGCUCAGGUAACUGAGGGCAAGCAGGACCUGGAAAAAGCCUUGUCGCUCUCUCAGAAGUUUCAUAAAGAGAGCGCUGCCCUGCAGGAAUGGCUGAGCACUAAUGAAGCUCCACUCCAGCACAAGAACAGCUGUGGAGACAUGCCAGCUGACAUCGAGGCUGAGAUCAGAUGGGCUAAUGGCCUGCUCAAGGAGUCGGAGCGUCGGAAGGCGGAGCUGUCCCACCUGACGGAGAUCAGCGCAGGUCUGCAGACGCUGGUGGAGGGCAGCGAGGCUCAGCUGGAGGGCAAACUCUGCGGCCUCAACGAAGCCUGGGGCCGCGUGCGCACCUGGACCGAAGACUGGCUCAGUGCUGUUCUGAGUCACCGGAAUGAGGUGGAGAUUUUCGAUGAGAACUUGGCUCACAUCAGCACCUGGCUCUACCAGACCCAGAUCCACCUGGACGAGGCCGAGCGGCUGCCUCCUGCCGAGAGGGACAAAGUGUUAAAGAGCAUGCAGGAGGAGCUGGAGGUGAUCGGUCUGCGCGUGGACAACGUCAGGGACCAAGCAAUCAUCCUGAUGACCAGCAGGGGGCCCGCCUGUCGGGAUGUUGUCGAGCCCAAGCUGACAGAGCUGAACUGCAACUUUGACAAAGUUUCACAGCACAUAAAAUCUGCCCAGGUCACUCGCAGUCAGGAGAGCCGAGCAGGAAGUCAGCCUGAGCCGGCUCACGCCGUGUUCCCCACUGAGAUAAAGGACCUUCAGGCGGAGCUGCAGAACAAGCUGAGGACUCUACAUGAGCAGGAGGAACCAGUGAACAUCCUUGACGAUGAUAAGAUGGACGAGGAGAAGGCCCACGUGGAGGAGUUGCUGCGAAGAGGAGACGAGCUGCUGCAGCAGACUUCGGAUGAGGCUCAGAGGGAGGAGUUGAGAGUGAUGCUGCUCAGGUUGCAAAGCCAAUAUUCUGCUCACAGGGACCUUGUCAGAGUUAGGCAGCUCGCUGUCACUGAGAGGUCGUCAUCUGCUCACAUCUUCACGGAUCAGACGGACUUUCCCGCCGAGGAGAUGUUUGCAACAGGACACAGCAGCACCCAGACCCUCACGCCUUCUGACUACCUGGUGGAGAUCAACAAGGUUCUCCUCUCCAUGGCCGACAACGAGCUGCUCCUGAACUCCUCAGAGCUUAACGGGGGGCUUUACGAAGACUUUCCCAGCCAGGAGGACACUCUGAAGACUAUUAAAGAUAAUUUGGAGCAUCUGAGCGAGCAGGUCACAGGGAUCCACGAGCGGCAGCCGGAGGCCAUGCUGGAUGCUUCCCCGGAUGACGUGGUUCAGAUAGGAGACAGCCUCGCUCAGCUCAACGCCGAGUGGGACCGCCUCAACCGCAUGUACAGCCAGCGCAAAGGGAGUUUUGACCGCGCCGUAGAGGGGUGGGGGCGGUUUCACUGUGACUUGAAGGAUCUGACACAAUGGCUGACUGAAACCGAGACCCUGCUGUCUGAAAGCGUUGGCCCUGACGGACAGCUCGACCUCGGAUCUGCACAGCAACACCAGGAGGAGCUGGAGGAAGGACUUUCCAGCCGUCAGCCCAUCCUGGCCGGCCUGACUCGCACCGGGGAGCAGAUAAUUGGGCAGCUUUCAUCUCCUGAUGGGCCCCUGCUUGAAGAGAAGUUAGAAACUCUGGUGCAACGUUGGAGAGCUGUCAACCGUCAGGUCUUAGACAGACAGCGCAGGCUAAAUGGAGAAGAUCCAGCGCUGGCAGACCUGGUGAGGAGACGAGAGGAUCUGGCCAUGUGGCUGGAGCAUGCAGAACAGGCCGUCGGUUCCCUGCCCGUCUCGGCGACUGACGAAAACCUGAAAGAGCUGAAGGCCCUCGCUGUGGAGAUGGACGCUCAGAACGAACGCCUUGGUUGGCUGAACAAACACGCUCCCCAGAUCUUGGCCAGACCCAGUGUGAGCCCUCAGAGUAGAGACCAACAUGUCGGGAAACUGAGAGGCAUCAAUCUCAAAUGGAGCAAGGUGACCCAUGAGUUGCUGGAUAAGGUGGGAGACGUGGAGACAAACCUGCAGAGUCACACUCUGUUCCAGGACAGGAUGAACAAGCUGACUGACUGGGUCAUCAUCACAAACCAGACGAUCGUGACCAGAGGGCUAAAUCCUGUCCAGGCUCAGGCUCUGGAGGCUUCUAUGAAAGACAGGAAGAAGGACCUGGAGGACCUAUUGGCUCAUUCUAUUGAGCUUCAGAAACAUCAGCAGUUGUCGCCUCAGGAAAAGGGUAAAGUGGAGCAGCUGGCUGCUGAUUGGAAAGCCCUGGAUGGCCAUUUAAGGGAAUCCCUUCAGGUACCCGUCUCUCCAUGGACACAUCAGCAACAUCUUGUCCAGCACCAACAGCUUGUGUCUUCGGGGCCUUCGGCUGUUCAGAUGGCCACCAUGGCGAGUGAGAACUCCCAUCAUCGGGUCGCGUACCCACCAGACACCCCUGAUCUGAACAAAACCGCCACAGAGCUGGCUGACUGGCUCCUUCUCAUCGAUCAGAUGCUUAAGUCUAAUAUUGUCACGGUGGGGGACACGCCGGAGAUCAGGACGACUAUAGGACGCCUUCAGGUGACCAAAGGCGACCUGGAACAGCGUCACUCCCAGCUGGAGGACAUCUUCACCCUGGCGCAGAACAUUAAGAACAAAACCUCUAACGUGGACCUCCGCACAUCUACUUCUGAAAAAGUGGAGGAAGUGCGCAGCCAGUGGGACAGCACUCAGCAAGGCGUCGAAGCUCGACUCCAGGAGCUUGAAAGCAUGACUGUCCACAGCAAUCAGUGGGAGGAGAAGAGGAAGGAGGUGAAGGGUCUUAUUGCUCAUAACGAAGGACGCUUCCACAACCUUCUCCAGAGGGCCACGGAUCCCCUGACAAAACAGCUCGAGGACUCCAAGGAGUUCUUCCAAGCUCUGGGCCGAGACCAAGCCACAGUCGCGGCCUUCAACGAGCUUUCCAAUCACCUUUUACAAAAAUAUUCCUCUGAUGACACCAGGAGGAUCAAAGAGGUUGCAGAGAAACAGAAUGUGGCCUGGAACAGCAUCAACCAGAGGGCCAGUGACCGCCACGCUCAGUUGGACAGCGAGCUGAAAGAGGUCCAGGUGUCUCUAAAGGAGCUGGAGGCCUUCCUCAGGUGGCUCCAGGAGGCCGAAACAACGGUCACCGUGCUGGCCGACGCCUCCCAGAGGGAGGACGUGUCCCAGGAUUCGGCCCACGCGAAAGAGCUGAGGCGACAACUGGAGGACAUCCAGGCGGAGAUCGACGCCCACAAUGACAUCUACAAGAGCGUGGAAGGGAACAAAUCGAAGAUGGUCAAAGCUCUGGGCAACUCGGAGGAAGCCGUGUUCCUCCAACACAGGCUGGAUGACAUGAACCAACGCUGGAGUGACCUCAAGGCCAAAUCGGCCAACAUCCGAGCCCAUCUGGAGGCGAGUGCUGAGCGCUGGUCACGUCUUCUGGGCCUCCUAGAAGAGCUGUGGCGAUGGAUCUGCAUGAAGGACGAGGACCUGGCCAAGCAGAUGCCCGUUGGUGGAGAUGUGCCCACCUUGCUGCAGCAGCAGAAUCACUGCACGGCUCUUUGCUCCGAACUGAAGGAACGCGAGCACUUGGUAAUCAGUACUUUGGACCAAGCCAGGAUGUUUCUUGCUGACCAGCCCAUUGAGGGACCCGGAGAGCCGCGGAAGAACCUGCAGCCAAAGAGUGCAGACCUUACCCCAGAGGAGAAGGCCCGAGGGCUAGCGCGGGCCAUCCGCAAGCAGUCGGGUGAGGUAAGGGUACGGUGGGAGCGUCUGAACGGGCACCUGGGAGGCUGGCAGACUCAGGUGGAGCAAGCUUUGGAGCGCCUCCAGGACCUGCAGAGCUCCAUGGACCAGCUCGACCUGCAGCUAACGCGAGCGGAGGAGACUAAAGCUACCUGGCAGCCGGUGGGCGACCUGCUCAUCGACUCUCUUCAGGACCAUAUCGACAAGACAUCGGCCUUCAGGGAGGAGGUGGCCCCCCUCCGUCAGGACGUCCGGGUGGUCAAUGAGCUUGCUGCCGAUCUAACGCCGCUGGACAUCCAGCUUUCGUCUACUGCCUCCAGACAACUGGACCAGCUCAACAUGAGAUGGAAGCUUCUGCAGGUAGCGGUGGAGGACAGACUAAAACUCCUCCAGGAAGCGCACAGAGACUUUGGGCCCUCCUCUCAGCAUUUCCUCUCCACAUCUGUACAGCUCCCCUGGCAACGCGCAGUCUCUCAGAACAAGGUUCCCUACUACAUCAAUCACCAGACACAGACGACCUGCUGGGAUCAUCCAAAGAUGACAGAGCUCUACCAAUCUCUAGCGGACCUAAACAAUGUGAGGUUCUCUGCGUACCGGACAGCCAUGAAGAUCCGCAGACUACAAAAGGCCCUGUGCUUGGACCUGCUGGAUCUCAGCGUUGCCCAGAACACCUUUGAGCAGCACAAACUCACCAACAAUAGCCACCUGCUCUCCGUCCCAGACAUCAUCAACUGCCUGACGUCCAUCUACGACGGCCUGGAGCAGGGGCACAAGGACCUGGUCAACGUGCCGCUCUGCGUCGACAUGUGUCUCAACUGGCUGCUCAAUGUUUAUGACACUGGUCGGAGUGGGAAGAUCCGCGUCCUCUCCAUGAAGAUCGGCUUGCUGUCUCUCUCCAAGGGACACCUGGAAGAGAAGUAUAAAUAUCUCUUCAGCCAGGUGGCGUCAGCCGGUGACACGUGCGACCAGAGGCAGCUCGGUCUGCUGCUCCACGAAGCCAUCCAGAUUCCCAGGCAGCUGGGGGAGGUGGCGGCGUUCGGGGGUUCCAACAUCGAGCCGAGCGUCCGCAGCUGCUUCCAGCACGUAAACAACAAGGUGGAGCUGGAGCCUCGGCAGUUUGUGGACUGGAUGCGUCUGGAGCCCCAGUCCAUGGUCUGGCUUCCUGUCCUGCACCGGGUGGCCGCGGCCGAGACGGCGAAGCAUCAGGCCAAGUGCAACAUCUGCAAAGAGUGUCCUAUUGUGGGUUUCAGGUAUCGCAGUUUGAAGCAUUUCAACUACGACGUGUGUCAGAGCUGCUUCUUUUCUGGGCGUACCGCCAAGGGCCACAAGCUCAACUACCCCAUGGUUGAAUACUGCACGCCGACGACGUCAGGCGAGGACAUGAGAGAUUUCACCAAAGUGCUGAAGAACAAAUUCCGAUCGAAAAAGUACUUUGCCAAGCAUCCACGGCUGGGGUACCUACCAGUGCAGACAGUUUUGGAGGGAGACAACAUGGAGACUCCUGUCACUCUCAUCAGCAUGUGUCCGGAGCAGUACGAGCUGUCCCAGACACCUCAGCUCUCUCACGACGACACCCACUCCAGGAUAGAGCAGUUUGCCAGCAGGUUGGCUCAGAUGGAACGCUCCAACGGCUCUCUGCCCACUGACAGCAGCUCAGCCACAGGAAGCAUGGAUGACGAGCACGCUCUGAUCAUUCAGUACUGCCAGACGCUGGGCGGGGACGGCUCCCCGUCCAGCCAGCCGCAGAGUCCUGCCCAGAUACUGCAGGCCGUCGAGAGGGAGGAGCGAGGCGAGUUGGAGCGGAUCAUCGCCCGUCUGGAGGAGGAACAGAGGGCUCUGCAGAGGGAGUACGAACAGCUGAAGGAGCAGCAUGGCCAGCGAGGCGCCCCUGCUGGAACCCCGUGGGAAUCAGAGGGCCAGUCCACGCAUCCCGACGAGGCGGACCUCCUAGCCGAAGCCAAGCUGCUGCGACAACACAAGGGCCGGCUGGAGGCGCGCAUGCACAUCCUGGAGGAACACAACAAGCAGCUGGAGUCACAGCUCCACCGCCUGCGACAGCUACUGCACCAGCCGGAGGUGGACUCGAGGGUAAAUGGAGCAUCCUCUCCCACUGUACAAGAUAGAGGAGCAGUUACAGAAAACGCAGAGGAGCUGCUUGCCUCCCACAACAGCAGCUCUGACCUGGCAGAUGUAAUGGAGCAGAUUAACAACUCCUUCCCUGCAUGCAGCCCCUCAAGCCUCUCCUCGAGACCACAGGUCAUGUGAACACAAGUACCAUAGGAUGGAGUGUUUGCACACAAGACAUUCCCAAACAAAUACAAUUCCCUGCCCCAAAAUCCCAAAGACGCACAGGAGAAGACAACUGAACUAGUUUUACCAUCUUGUCUUGUACUAUGCAACUGUAGAUUGUACCUGAACUUGAUUGAACUCGUCUCAGUUUUAUUUUUUUCCUUUAGAUUUCCAGAUGUACUGUAUAGUGAAUAGGGUUUCCUACAAAAGAUCGGUUUGGGAUUUGUGAUCAGUCUUUGCCUUCACUGGGAAUCAAACUGUUACAUUUUGUGUCAUUCCACUGCUGUGUAACAUCUAGCUCCUAUGUAUUUGUCUGUGAGAGUAGCAUUUAAGGCUGCGCGAAUGAUAAAAGAAGCCACUUGACGGAUGACAGGAUCAUUUAGAAAUUGUAAAGUCACUUUUAAAAUCUGUCCCGUAGCAUGUUUGAUGUCAAGUUCCCCUUUAAAAGCGUUAAAAUGCCGGCAGACUUUGUCUCAAUUUUACCCUUUUUGUGCCUAUAAAAGUUUGUCAUUCCAAGUGUGGAAAACCGAGAGAGCUGCUCUUGAAUUAUGCUGGGAUUGUGCAUAAAGAUGGAAAAAAUACAGACUUUAAUCUUGAUUUGUAAGAGGCCCAUCCUUAUGUAGAAUAGAUUUUUUUUUUUUUUGGAGAUAUAUGUUAAUAAAUCAGAGUAAAGCCAUGAUUGCCUUGCUACCUCAGACUCGUAGACACAGUUUGGUUUUUCGUGGUUGUUGAAAGCAUUUGUGAUCAUUUUCAAACAUGAACAACCUGGUUUAACGUUCUAAGCUUUAGCUUACUGUAUUGGUGUACACUGCGUUGAGGAGUAACCAAGUUAAAAAAAGAAAAAGAAAAUCACUGUGGGUGUAUGACCCUAGUCCCCAUGAUGAGCAUUCCUUCAUCCGUUGUUGGGUUUUCCUCACCGUGUCAUGUCAUUGUGAUCAAUGCUGUUCUGUAAAACUUGUGAGACUGACCAACACUACUACAACCUCCUCCAGCUGUCAACUAAUGUUAGUGAUUGUUUUAAAGAUUAUAAUCAUGAUGAACCUUAUCAUGGCAGAACUGUGUCGCUUCUCCUGAGGUAUGUAAAAUAGAUUGAACACACUACAUGUAAUAUGGCUACAUUGUUUUAUUCUAAAUAAAAAAGUUUUUAUAAUAAACACCUA